AUGAAUGCCGUGAUUUUCCGAACCGGAUCCAGAUCGGUUCCGGUCCAGACCGGAUUUGCGUCCGGUUUGCCUCGGAACCCAGUUUCUUUGUCUGUUCAAGAUUUCUCCUCCAGUAUGCAUUCCGAGGAAAGUAAUGGUGGUUUCUCGUCCCCGACAAUAUCCCUGCAUAUAUAUGGAGGCCGCCGCGGAAUUCGCAGGUGCUCUUCGGAAUCUGAUGUCAUCCGAUUGGAAGUGAAACGUUUGAACAAGCUCGGAUCAAGAACGUUUCAGGCGAGGAUCCGGGAGGAGGAGAACGACGAUGCUGUUGUACUGAAAGGGAUGCCAUUGUUGACUUUAACGGAGGAGGGUCUGCGGGGAUACGCCGGGAACCGGCCGGAAAGUGGGAUUUCGUCGGAGAAAUUGGGGAUUUCCGGAGGCGGGAUCAAUAAGAACCGGAAUUCUGGCGGCGGCAGUAGUGGAGGGAAAGGAGACAGCGGAGAUCGGAGCAAGAUUGGAGCUUAUUAUCAAGAAAUGCUGAAGACAAAUCCCACAGACUCUUUGCUGCUGAGAAACUACGGCAAAUACUUGCACGAGGUGGAGAGAGAUACAGUGAAAGCAGAAGAGUAUUACGGAAGAGCAAUUUUGGCAAGUCCAAGUGCUGGAGAUGGAGAAGUUUUCUCGCUAUACGGGAAGUUAAUAUGGGAGACAGAGAGAGAUAAAAACAGAGCCAAAUCCUAUUUCAAUCAAGCCCUUUAUGUCUCUCCAGACGAUUGUUCGGUGUUGGGAUCGUAUGCCCACUUUAUGUGGGAAGCCGACGAGGAGGAGGAGGAAGAAGAAAUGCCGAUUUCAACAAUGGCGGAAGCUUACUAA